AUUUCAUGUUUUCCACAAGGUCCAUGAUUGCAAAAUGAAGCUAUUUCUCCUAAUCUGCUUGCUGGUUUCUUGCUGUUGCCACGUUGGGACAGUGAACCGGGAAUACUAUAUUGGCAUUACAGAGACUGUCUGGAACUAUGCACCUGGCAAUGCCAGCGCCAUCUCUGGGCAGCUUUUUGCAGAAGAAGAGCAGGCUGAAGUCUUUCUCAAAAGAGGACCACACAGGAUAGGAAACACUUACAAGAAGGCUAUCUACGUUCAGUAUACCAAUCAUUUAUAUGAUGUGAUAGUUGACAAACCUUCCUGGCUGGGUUUUUUGGGUCCUAUAAUUAAGGGAGAAGUUGGAGAUUCCAUUACUAUUCACUUGAAAAACUUUGCUUCCAGAAACUACACGCUGCAUCCACAUGGUGUAAGAUACACAAAAGAAAAUGAAGGUGCUUUUUAUCCUGACACCACCAAAGAUUUGCAAAAGCGAGAUGAUGCUGUGGAGCCUGGAGGCCAGUACACUUACACAUGGGAUGUGACAGAAGAUCAAGGUCCAGCUGAAGCAGAUGCAGACUGCAUAACCAGGGCUUACCACUCCCACAUAGAUGCUCCAAGAGAUGUUGCCUCAGGGCUUGUUGGGCCUUUAAUAAUUUGCAGGAAAGAUACAAUGGAUAGGGACACUGAUCAACGCUUUGAUGCUGAAUUUAUCCUUAUGUUUUCUGUGGUGGAUGAAAAUCUCAGUUGGUAUCUAGAGGACAAUAUCAGAACAUACUGUUUUGAGCCUUCCAAAGUGGACAAAGAUGAUGAGAACUUCCAGGAAAGCAAUAAAAUGCACUCAAUCAAUGGGUACAUGUAUGGAUACCUCCCAAACCUCACAAUGUGUGUGGAAGAUAAGAUAAAAUGGCAUCUUUUUGGCAUGGGUAAUGAAGCUGAUAUCCAUUCAGCCUACUUUCAUGGACAGACCUUAAUAGAAAGGCAUCAUCGAGUUGACACCAUCAGCCUCUUCCCAGCCACAUUCAUUGAUGCUGUCAUGGUACCAAGGAGCCCUGGGGAAUGGCUGCUCAGCUGCCAAGUGAAUGACCACAUUGAAGGUGGUAUGCAGGCCCUUUUUAAAGUAGAAGAUUGUAAGAAACCCACACCAGGUCACAGUGAGAGUACAAAGAUAAGACAGUACUUCCUUGCUGCUGAAGAGAUCAUCUGGAAUUAUGGCCCAUCUUCAGUGAACCAUUUUACAGGACAAGAAUUAAUUGUUGACAGUGAAUCUCAGAUCUUUUUUGAACAAAGUGAGACAAGAAUUGGUGGCUCCUACAAAAAAGCAAUUUACAAAGAAUACACAGAUGGUUCUUUCACUGAACAUAAAAAAAGACUUGCAGAGGAAGCACAUCUUGGACUCCUAGGACCUGUGAUCAGGGCUGAAGUGGGUGAGCGCAUCAGGGUGACCUUCCGGAACAACGCCAGCCGCCCGUUCAGCAUCCAGCCCCACGGCGUGAGCUACCGCAGGAGCGGAGCCGGGGCGCGCUUCGGCGCCGCCCCCGCAGGUACCGAAUCUCCAGCCUCUCAUGUGAGUCCCGGCACCACAUUUACAUAUGAAUGGGACGUGCCAGAAGAUGUGGGUCCCACAGAGCAAGACCCAGACUGUUUAACCUGGCUUUAUUACUCAGCUGUGGAUGCAGUCAGAGACACCAGUUCUGGCCUUGUAGGUCCUCUCCUAGUGUGCAGGAAAGGAUCUCUGCUUUCUUCUGGGAAACAGAAAAAUGUGAACAUGGAGUUUUUUCUACUUGCCACAGUAUUUGAUGAGAAUCUGAGCUGGUAUUUGGAUGAUAAUAUUUUGAUGUUUACACUAAGUCCUGAUAAAAUUGACAAAGAUGAUGAAGACUUCCAAGAAUCCAACAAAAUGCACUCCAUUAAUGGUUAUAUGUAUGGAAAUCAGCCUGGUCUUGAGAUGUGUAAAGGAAGUGUUGUUUCCUGGCAUUUGAUGGGCUUGGGUUCAGAAGUUGAUGUCCAUGGGAUAUACUUCUCAGAAAACACAUUUGUAACUAAAGGAACAAGAAGGGAUACAGCAAAUCUGUUUCCACAUACAGUUCUUACAGCUAUUAUGAAGCCUGAUUCUGAAGGAGUUUUUGAAGUGUCCUGCCUGACAGCAGACCACUACACUGGGGGCAUGAAACAGAACUACAAAGUGAAAAAAUGCCACUGGGGGAGUGGAGAUGUACCUACGUAUUUGCAUGAAAAGAUUUACUACAUUGCUGCAGUGGAAGUUCAAUGGGACUAUUCUCCUAACAGGACAUGGGAAUUCGAGCGGCAUCAAUACCAUGAAGAAAGCCCUGGCAAUCCAUUUUUAAAUCAAGAUGACAAAUUCAUUGGCUCAAAGUACAAAAAGGUAGUAUAUCGUGAGUACACCGAUCAGACAUUCAGUACUCUCAAAAACAGAGUAAAGGAGCAGCAGCACCUGGAAAUUCAAGGGCCGCUGCUUGUGUCAAAUAUUGGAGAUAAAAUUACAAUAGUUUUUAAGAACUUAGCAUCAAGACCUUAUUCUAUCCAUGCCCACGGAGUGAAAACAGACAGUUCUGUUGUUGCUGUAACUAAACCAGGUGAUACAAAAAUAUAUGUCUGGAAAGUCCCAGAGAGAUCUAGUCCUGGGAGAGGAGAUUCACAUUGUAUUGCAUGGGCAUACCAUUCAACAGUGGACAUUGUUAAGGACACUUACAGUGGAUUAAUAGGCACACUCGUUGUGUGUCAUAGACAUUACCUGCCAUCAUUUCAUACUAAAAAGAAAGUUCAGUUUGCUCUUCUCUUUAUGGUUUUUGAUGAAAAUGAGUCAUGGUACUUGGAUGAAAACAUUAACACAUAUUCUACCAAUCCACACCUUGUUGACAAAGAGGAUGAGGGAUUCCUUGAAAGUAAUAAAAUGCAUGCCAUUAAUGGAAAGGUGUUUGGAAAUCUGCAUGGCCUGACUAUGCACGUUGGAGAUAAUGUCAGCUGGUAUCUGAUGGGAAUGGGCAAUGAGAUAGACAUUCAUACAGUACACUUCCAUGGCCACAGCUUUGACUACAAGCAAACAGGGGUUUACCGGGCAGAUGUCUUUGAUCUGUUCCCUGGAACAUCUCAGACUGUGGAAAUGACCCCAGAGAACCCUGGAACCUGGCUAUUACACUGUCACGUUACUGACCACAUCCACGCAGGCAUGGAAGCAACCUACACUGUGCUCCCAAAGGAAGACUAACUGUCUCUGUUCCCAACAUUGUUCAAUCAAUUCAAGUGUAAAGGCAUGCCAGGCACUCAAGAAUGAUGAAAGCAUUUUAACACAGUGAUCCUCCAAGGUCUACCUUAAUUUCUUGGAAAAUACUCUUCUGGACCACUCAUCUCGACACAGUUUUGCAUAGUGGCCAUGGCUAAGAAAAAAACCACAGACUAAGACAGCUGAAUGGAUGUAACAGCUUAUAAAUAUAUGUUUCUGUAAAUGGAAAUAGUAUCUUGCAAGUGACGCAUGUUCUAGGUGAUGGCCAAUGCAUGUUAUUUAGCAGCUGAGGAACAUGGAAGAGCUAAUGAAAUGGACUUUUUUUUAAAGUUUGCAAAUAACCCUGAGUAACAGCAAAAUUUGGGGUAUCAGUCAUCAUCCUGUCGUAUUUUAUUAGCAUGUCUGUAGUAAAUGCUUAGAAAACAGGAAUUUGGUUAUCACUUUAUCCAUAGGUUCACACUGAAAAGAUAUACAGUAUUGUACAAUUGAGCAGUUAACAAAAUAGUUAUAUUAUUUCUGUUGAAUUACUUUGCAAUUUUAUUCAGUAGUACCUCUCAAGAAUGUGCAUUAAAAGAUUUGGUUUUCUGUUAUGAAAAUAAUUCUAAGGCAAAAUUAGGUUGAAAUCAGCCUGAUGAAAUGCAGACAGUGAAGGACAAAAUUUGGUGACUAUGGUACUGGAAGGCUUUGCUCUGACAAUUCCUGCAGUGGAAUCAUUUUGCUGUUGCAGCUCUUGGCAAGGAAAAAGAAAGUGUUUCCUGACAGGUGGAAGCAGCAGUGUUAGAGCAUGGCUGAUGCUACUCAAAAAUGAAAACAGUAAGAGCGAUAUGGUUGCAUUCCAAUAACCCAACCCCUCAUGUUAGAUCCGUGCUAAAUGAGAAGGAAAGAUGUAAGGGACAGGCAGGGAAAGCAAGAUAUCUGGGCUUUAUGCCUGCAAGAAAUUGCUUCUCUUUAACAAGCCUAAAUUGCUUUGGUCUUUUUUAAAGAUUAUACUGAAACCAGCAUAAUACCUAUUAGUAAAUUAGAUAAUUCAUUUUACCUGCAGCAGGAAUGCUAUCUGAAUAAGUUAAACUACUUUUGAUUUUAUCUUUUUUUUUUGUUAAUGUAUUUCAGCUGAAAUAUAGAUGGUCUCUUCCGAUUGACUUCUACAGGUUUAAAUAACAUUGCAACUCCUGUGAAAACACUUUUAUAGAGUCACUGUCAGCUAAUUAGGGCUUUAGAUGGUUAUGGGAUCAUGGGAGUCAUAUUUUUUGUAAUUGUCAAAAACCCCAAACUACAUUCAUAAGGACAUUGUAAACAUUGUGACAGUUUAUUAUGACUGAAUUCCAGCUCUGAAGGAGCAUAAAGAUGCUUUCUGCUCACAAGACAGACAAACAUCAGUACACACAUGCACAAGCACCUGAGAUGCUUACCAAAAACCCUGGAAGAAAUAAGGGUUUUUUUUCUGGAUUCAUGGCCUAGUGAUCCUUCAAAUACUAUCUACUGACUGAGCAUAACAGAAGAAAGAAAACGUACCAAGCCAACCAUAGUCCGUAUCUUCCACUUCUGUUUCUCUUUGAUUAAUGGCCUUUUCUUGCUAAUUGCUAAAUUAAAACAUUAUCAGUAUAA